UCCCAGCAGGUGGUGGUGAGGAUGCACCAUGCGAGUAGGGUUCGAGGCCUGGAGACUCAACUGGUGUGGGCCAUCUCCAAGGAGACACACAGACUUAGUCCAGAGGGCAUCCCCUACUGUGCCACCAAGGUGCAGUCCAUCUCUUGGAUCCAGUAUGUGGCUGGCAGGGUGACCCAGUAUGCGUCUCACCUCCGCCACGAGACGUCUGUGGCCGUGACGCAUGGCUGCUACCAGCAAACUGAUGUCUCGGUGGUGUACGCCACUCUCCACAUGGGGCUGGAUGGGCUGCUCUCCUCCUCGGCGUGGUCGGAGGCUGCCUCCGUCUCUACGCCCACCACUCAGCAGUUCACUGAGCCAGAGCCUGAGGGCCACAACUGCUAUGAGGGCUGGGAGGAGGACCUGCUGCCUGAGGAGAGGGAGGUUCCUCUGCUAAACCUCUACCUUACCACCAAGAGAGUGGAGGACAUCGGCCUGAGGCUCGUCUCCCUGCGCCAGGCCUUUACUACCCUGCUCGGUUCCACCCUGAGUAGGAACCAUCUGUUUGUGGCGGGAAAGGUCCUACUGGGCGCACUGGUUCAGGUCCACCAGAUGGACGAGGCCGAAUUCAUCCGUGCCUAUAACGACUUUGUGGACUACCUGAGUGACCCCUCCAAGCAGAUUGACAUUGAGAGGGAGCUGGCUGAGGCAAAUAUCCAUCAUGUUAACCUGAUAGAUGUCCUUUUUGAGCUGGUGCUGUUUCGGAUGAUGACAGCUCAGAAAUCCCUGAUGGUGCAACCUGGUGGGUUCAUGGAGCGUCUGUACGCUCUCCUGUACUCCUUCCUGCCCACUGUUGCCAGCAUUGAGCCAAAGGCUGAGAGAUACCUGUUGCUGCUCAAUGGCGGGCUGAUGGCUCUGCUAGAUGACAUGUUUGGGCAGCAGCUGGCCUGGUAUUUUAACCGAGAGUCUCUGGUCACUGAGCUCUCCAGUCUCCUGAGUACCACCUCGAGAUUCUUGUCACACUUUGCCACCUAA